CGGCGAACCUGCCUACAACGGGUGGAUGGGCGUGCGGCUACCCCAGGGGCUGUCUUUUCGCUCCCUGCCUUACAAGUGUGUUGCCUCUGACGCCCGCAACGCCCACUGCUCGUUGGACAAUCCCGUCAACCCGCCGCGGAGAAGCUGACCCUAGUGGCACAGGAGGAGGAGGGUCAGCUGGGCAGUCAGGAGGGCGCGGUGAAGGUCGUCGUGUCAGCAGGAGCGUCAGGAGCCGAGGAAAUGCGGAAAAUUCUGACUCUCGGGCUCGUCAGCGAUGUCAGACUCUAUCUCUCUGGGCAAGCCGAGGAUGAGUCCCUGCACUAUGACCCCGCCAGCGUGUCACCUCAGGUCACAGUGAGGACAUUUUUCCAGGUGGAGAACAAGGGCCCAACGGCAGCAGCGGAAGUGCCUGUGAAGAUUUUGGUUCCUGUGGCAUACAGUUCUUCGGCAGGUCUUAAUUUUACCUUUGGCGAGGUGGUGGAGGUGUCUUUGGCGAGCAGCUGUUCUGACGAGGGCGUGGUGUCAGAUAUGGGCGGAGUCACUGACGGCGAAGUGUCAAAGCCUCCCUUUGACACGACCUUGAGUGUCACUUGUGCGGCGCCGGGCUUCUUGUGUCACUCGUUCACCUGCACGUUCAGGGAGACGCAGCAGGCCCAGGCGGUGGCUCUGAACACGCGAUAUAACUUUGAACAAAUGCAGGCGGAAUUCGGGUCGAAUGCCACGCCAGCAUCCACACUGGGCAGCCAUCUUGUCUUCAGAGCCAGAGACCGUCAGAAGCGGCUCGGCGGGCGUGUGGGUGACUGUGGCGCCCAAGGGAUGGCGUCCGCCCGUGCCGCCCGUCCCGCCCACGCCCAUCUGGAUCUAUCUCGUGUCCGUGCUGGCGGGGCUGGUCCUGCUCGUGGUCAUUGUUCUCGUUCUGUUUAAGAUCGGGUUCUUCCGGCGCAAGAGGCACCAGGCCGCCCAAGGAAAAGGAGGAGGGGACGAGGAAGGCCCCUUGACCGACCCCGGGGCUGAGGACUUCACGUGGCAGGACGGGGGCGCGGCAGAGGGGGGCGGGGAGGCGGGUGACCUUCCGGAGGCCCAGGAGACUC